AUGAUAGGACAGCAUUAGAGUCGAUAUUACGGAUUACUACCUCAUUCUCCUCUAUUUGCUGAAGUCGAGACAAGGCGCAAUUGACCCACCCAUCCGUUUCGGAGGUCACAUUGAGCGAAGCUGAUGCAUCACGGUUCCCACUGGUUCCCACCAGUUCCCAGGGGUCGGAGGCCGCCGUCAACAUAAAGUUAACACUAACAAAGACCUAUAUAUAAAGCCCAACCAACGUACAGUUCUGGUCGUUAUCCUUUCUGCUCUUCGUUCCCAUGACGUCGUCGACUGUAGUCACGACGACCUUGAAAUUUGGUUCCAAUCAUGAACCAAUCUCCUUGCCAGUGCGCGUAUUCUCCCUCAUACGUUCCCUUUUCGUAUUUCUGGUGAGCGAGAACGUGUUACUUUGGUCUCGUUUCUUGCAAGGUCGCAGGAAUCCUCAAGCAGAAGUUGAGGGCCCGUACUAUGUUGUAGGCGCUCCUGAUAGACGUUUGGAGGAGGGUAAAGCUCUGUUGGCGUCACUGGAUGUCCUCAAAGCUUUCGGACCCUACCUGGUAACGAUCACUGUCACUUCGCCGAAAGGCGAACCUGUACCUCAUGCUGUCCUUGAUUGGUGGCAAGCUGAUACCGCAGGCUCCUAUUCUCUCACGACGUAUCGUCUGCGUGGAAAGAUGACCACAGAUGCUCAAGGCAGAAUCGAAGUCUUGACAGUUGCACCUGGAAAGUAUGGGCCUGAGGGAUACGAGAGAGCAGGUCAUUUCCACUUCACCAUCGCUGACGAGGAAGAAAAGAAGUGGGAAACAUUGACGACUCAGUUGUAUGUCUGCAAGGGGAACGAUGCGAAGGAGAUGGGUACUGAUUUCCUCAACUUUGUGCGACCCGCGCGCCCAGCGAACAUGGUUCAGUCAUGGUCCAUCCCUUCGAGCGACGGGAAACGUUUCAUGGACUUUCCUCCUCUCGCCGCUAAUGAUAUCGAGGCUAAGGAGAACAUACGAUGGUGGAAUGAGAAGCUUGCGGAGCAUGAUGAGAACCUGACGGUUGUGGCUGGGUCUCAGGUAGAGAUCAAGAUGAAUGCUCCGCCUCGAUUAUUCUUCUUCUAGGCCACUCUUGCACUGUCUUUUGGCUCACGAUCGGAUUCUUCUACUUGCUUCACGGAGUAUGAAAUAUACGGAUCCUGCUGUUAUAUUGUGACAAAAUGAUACCGUUAUUGCAGACAUAAUUCCUAUGGC